AGAGUAGACAGAGAAAUGGAGAAGGGACAGAUAGCCUACAAAGCUCACUGCUUGGUCUUACCCUUUCCGUGCCAAGGCCAUAUUAAUCCUAUGCUCCAAUUUUCCAAGGUUUUAGCUCACAAAGGAGUUAAAGUCACACUGGUCACUACCCGCUAUAUCCACAAGACAAUGUACGGAUCAGCAUCGAGCUGCAUAGCGCUGGAUCUGGAGACCAUCUCCGAUGGCUACGACGAAACCGGGAAAGGAGAAACAAGCAUAGAUGCCUAUUUGGAGAGCUUUUGGAAAGUAGGAUCGAAAACUUUGGCUGAGCUCCUUAAGAAGCUUUCAAGCUCAGGGUCCCCAGUAGAUUGUGUUAUUUAUGAUGCUUUCAUGACUUGGCCUCUGGAUAUUGCCAGGAAGUUUGGAAUAGCUGGGGCUGUUUUCUUCACACAAUCUUGUGCUGUUGAAAACAUCUACUACCAUAUCCACGAAGGACUUCUGAAACUUCCUCUUGCUGAUGAUCAGUCUCGGAUUUUGCUUCCGGGGUUGCCACCACUUGAACCUCUGGACUUGCCAUCGUUUGUAUACGAUUUUGGGUCUUACCCGGGUUUUUACCAAGCGUCUGUGGGUCAGUUCUCAAAUGUUGACAAAGCUGAUUGGAUCCUCUUCAACACAUUUUAUGAGUUGGAAGAACAAGUGGUGGAUUGGCUGGCUAAGUUUUGGCCACUGAGGACUGUUGGACCAACUAUACCAUCCAAGUACUUAGAUGAGCGACUUGAAGAUGACAAAGAAUAUGGUGUCAACCUCUUUAAAUCAGACAAUGAUGCCUGCAUCAAAUGGCUAAACGAAAGGCCAAAAGGGUCUGUUGCUUAUGUAUCAUUCGGCAGUUUCGCAGAACUUGGCGUUGAG